CGACCCGGCUUAAAAGCUCCGAUCGGAUCCGCAGGCUUCGACGGGUCUUACAGAAAACCUCCCCCGCCCUCGCGUCCCCAAUCGGCACGUGCGGACCGCCGGCCCCCCAGCGACCGGCUUCCAUCCAGCGAACGGCUCGCCGCCAUGGCGUCGGCGGACGAAGAAGCCUCCUCCGUCCCCCGGCGGCGCCUGUCGUGCACCACCUGCUUCAACUCCCUUUGGUUCUGCUACUCUCCGGUCCAUCAGAUGCAGCAGUACUACCGGCUGGUUCUCGACAACUGCUCCGGGAAAUGGAGCGCCCUCGUCGAUUGCUUGGCUCUCAAGACCAAGCGAGCGUCCGACGUUCAGGAAAUCUUGGAAACCCGCGAGAAAGCCAAGCAUCAUAUCUGGACUAUCCGGACGCCUGAGGAAGCUUCGUCUCAUUGGAAAGAGUUGUUUGCACAUCUGGAUGAGCCGGAAUGAAGAAGCCUAGUUCUGUUCGAUGUCACCUUUGUCUUCUCGAUCCUUCUCAUUCAAAUGCUGUUUGUGCAUUCAGAAUUUUCAUUUUGCGAAAUUGAAUUGAUUCAUAAUGUUGAGGGAGAAAGAGAUGCCGGCGUCGAAGAGCCAAAUGAUGGAUAGACAACUAUGAGUAUGGCCAGGGACUCCGAAAUGAUCGUGGCAGAUUGGUCUUUCACCGUAUCACUGACCAUCUAUAGAAUAAUAUCUGUGGGUGAUCGAUCAGCUUUUUUGGUGGACAAGAUAAGAGAGAGUAUAUUUGUUCCCUAAAUUUAUGCCAUUUUCGUGGAUCUUUUCAUUGCAAA